AUGGAGAAAUAUGAAGAGAACAAUAGGACUCUCAAUGCACAAGUUAGCACUAUGAGUGCACAAAUGUCUUCCAUAGCCGAGAUUCUCUCAAGGUUGACCCUACCUCCUACCAACAAUACCAACACCAACCAAGCCUCUAGCUCAUCCAACUUUCCUUCCCAACCUCUCCCAAACCCAAAAGGUAGCAUCAAUGCAAUCACCUUGAGGAUUGGUACAACGCUUAAGGAAGUUGAACCCAAGCCCAUCAAGUUGGCGGAGGAUGUUCCUAAUGUAGAAGUUGGUGAAACAAUGGAGAUAGAUGAAGAUGAAAAGGAGGAAGAAGUUGAAAAGGAAGAAGAAGAGCAAUUGAGGGCCAAGGAACCAAAGCGGAAGAGAAACUUAGAGGAACAAAUUCCUAUACCUUUUCCUACGUUAGCCAAGAAGGCCAAGAAGUAUGAGGAGCUUGAUCCCAACAUAGUGCAAAUCUUCAAGAAUGUGGAGGUAACUAUUCCACUCUUUGAUGCCAUACAUCAAGUUCCGAAAUAUGCUAAGUUCGUUAAGGAUGUGCGUACUCAUAAAGAGAAGAUUGGUGGACUAGGGAUGAAUCUAUUAGGCAAUUCUGUUUCUUCUAUGAUGGAUGAUUUUCCUGAAAAGCAUAUUGAUCCCGGUCCUUGCUUGGUAUCUUGUAUGAUUGGUGAGAUUCAACUUAAGGAUUUCAUGUGCGACCUAGGGUUGUGUGUGAGCAUUAUGCCACUCUCAAUUUAUGAGAAGUUGAACCUUGCACUGUUGAGGCGAUCCGGAGCUUGGUUUGUGCUUGCGGACAAGAGUAUAAUUUCAGUUGUGGGUAUUGCUGAGAAUGUAUUCGUGAGAAUUCAGGACUUAAUCUUUCUGGUGGAUUUCCAUAUCCUAGAGACACCUCCCAUUGAUUCGGAUAGGCCAUCCUCCAUCUUAAUUGGGAGGCCAUUCUUAAAGACAUCCCAGUUUAAAUUAGAUGCAUUUUCUGGGGAUUACUCAUUUGAAGCCAAAGGGAAGGUGGUGAAAUUCAAAUUGGAGGAAACCAUUAGGCAACCUCUAGAGAUCCACCCAAUUUUUGGUUGUGACAUUGUUGAAGAUGAUGUAAUUGAAGAACCCUUUGGGAGUGAUGAUGAGAUAAGCUUCAAUAGAGAUGUGGGCAUAAGAGGAGUUAGCAAGGAAAAGGGGAAGGAUCCACGACUUCCGUAUCCUCAAGGAAACAAGGCACCCAAGCAUGGUUCAAUUGACAAGUGGAAGCAUCUCCCCUUGAAGGACACUCUUACCAAGGCAAACAAGAAGGACAAGAUGGAUGCCCUUGAGGAUGUUCCAAAAAGAUGUCUCAAGCUCAUGACCGUCCAACUUAAGGAUAGUCUUCAUGAGGAUUUCAUUGAUCUUGGUAUUGGUUAA